GAUUAACUGCUGAAGUACUGAUCGAGUUCUGCUAUUCUUCAAUGAGGAACUACAGGCUGAUCUUUUGCCAUAAUCUUAAACAACCAUAAAUGACAAAAGAAUGCUUGGUCAGUGAGGGCAGCUGGCGCAGAAAACGUUUUUCAAACUCGGCUGUUUAAGUACUCUGAGAAAAGACAGCUUUGAUUUUUGGCUGCAAAAAGAUAUGAGGAAGAGCUCCUCCCCUUCCUUGAGUAACUGCAACUCUGUUCUUGCUAACAAAAUAUUUGGAAUUCCACUUGAUGAGCUGCAGCAAGAAGGGCAACCAGACAAUGAGGUUCCAUUCAUAGUCCGCCAUGUCGUGGACUAUAUUGAGGAACAUGGGGGUCUGGAACAAGAAGGACUUUUUCAAGUCAAUGGGAACGCUGAGACAGUGGAGUGGCUUCGGCAACGAUAUGAUAAUGGAGAAGAUGUGGACCUGGUUAAAGAAGCAGAUGUACCCUCAGCUAUCAGCCUUCUUAGGUUUUUUCUUCAAGAACUUCCAGAGCCAGUCAUCCCUGGCAGUUUGCACAUACAUUUGAUGCAACUUUCUCAAGAUUAUAAUAAUGAAGAUGAAUUUGGAAGAAAGUUGAGGUUCCUCUUGCAGCAGCUUCCACCUGUUAAUUACAGUUUGUUAAAGUUUCUGUGUAAAUUUUUAGCUAAUGUAGCAUCUCAUCAUGAAGAAAUCUGGUCAGCGAGUUCUUUAGCUGCAGUCUUUGGCCCAGAUGUUUUUCACAUUUACACAGAUGUGGAGGAUCUGAAAGAACAAGAACUGGUUAGCAGAAUAAUGGCAGGGCUUCUGGAGAACUACUAUGAAUUCUUUGAAAAUGAAGAGGAAGAUUUUUCAUCCACCAAUGAUUUAAGUUCAAUAACCGAGCAGAUCAAUGAUCUCUUGGAAGAGGAGGAAGAUGUAAAGCUUGAGCAGUCUGAAGAACUUCCAGAAGAUGGCACAGAGAAACCUGUUGAAAGGCCAGCUGUGGUGCAUCUAGAUGUGACAGGGAGUCUCUCGGAUUCCAGGAGUGUUACAGCAUCAACAAGUGCUCACAUCUCUCCCAUAAGUAUCUUGCCAGCCUCUGCAGACAUUUUAGAGAGAACAAUUAGAGCAGCUGUGGAACAGCAUCUUUUCGACCUGCAGAGCAGCUUAGAUAACGAUCUUAAACAUAUACAGCAGCACAGACUGGGCUGUAACAAUGAAGCCAACGAUCCCAGCGGGGAUGAGGAAGGAUCUAACAACCAGAAUGAUGUUAUUGAAGAUAAUGACACUGGUAGCAGUGAGAACACAGGAGGCUGCUCUGAAGUAUUGGUUUGCACUGAUUUAGACAGUGAAGCUAUGAAACAUGGUACUGUAACUGAGGAAGAAGAAAGCGUUCAGGUACCAGCCCUUCCUUCUGCUCAGGCUGCAGAUGUAUUAUUGAAAACAUGUGAUGAAGAUGCAGAUGUUGAUGGAGAAAAUAAUAGUGAAGGGGAAAAUAGUAUAUUGCUUGGUGGCAAUGAUAGAAUAUCUUCAGAGAUGUUUCUGGAUUCAAGUAACAAGACUUGUGAUCUUAAUGCAAAUACUGAUUCAGAGAUGUCAGGGGAUGGCAACGUUAAUGUUUCUGAGGAAGCUCUGAGUGUCCAAGUACCACGCCUAGAUCUGAAGAAUGUGUCUGAUGGUGACAAAUGGGAAGAUCCGUUUCCUGCUUUCAAGUCUUGGCAGGAGGACAGUGAAUCUGGAGAAGCUCAGCUUUCCCCGCAGGCUGGAAGGAUGACUAAUCAUCCUUUGGAAGAGGACUGUCACCCGAUACUGUCACAUCGGAGUCUGGAUUUUGGGCAAAGCCAACGUUUCUUACAUGAUCCAGAAACCUUAGAUUCAUCAUCCAAAGCACUUUCUUUUGUUAGAACACGAAGAGCAUCCUUUAGCUCAAAAGAUGACAAAAGGGAAGACAAGACACCUUAUCAGCUUGUCAAGAAAUUGCAGAAAAAAAUAAAGCAGUUUGAGGAACAGUUUGAAAAAGAGAAGAACAGUAAGCCCUCCUAUAGUGAUAUUGCAGCCAACCCAAAAGUUUUAAAGUGGAUGACUGAACUUACCAAAUUGAGAAAGCAAAUAAAAGAUGCAAAGCAGAGGAGCUCAGAUGGAGAAUUCAUACCUCAAACACGUCCACGAAGUAACACUCUUCCAAAAAGCUUUGGUUCCUCUCUUGACCAAGAGGAUGAAGGAAAUGGAGAUGAGAUGCAGGUCGUGCAGAAAGAGAAGAAGCCCACCAAGGAAGCCACACUUGAACUCAUUUUGAAAAGAUUAAAGGAAAAACGAGUUGAGAGAUGUUUGCCAGAAGAUAUAAAAAAAAUGACAAAGGACCAUUUGGUAGAAGAGAAAACAUCUCUCCAGAAAAGCCUCCUGUAUUAUGAAAGUCAACAUGGGCGGCCGGUUACUAGAGAAGAAAGACAUAUUGUGAAGCCACUUUAUGACAGAUACAGACUUGUAAAACAAAUGUUAACUAGAGCAAGCAUUACUCCUAUUCUUGGCUCACCAUCAACCAAGAGGCGGGGGCAGAUGUUACAGCCCAUUAUAGAAGGUGAAACUGCCCAUUUUUUUGAAGAAAUUAAGGAAGAAGAGGAGGAAAGUGAUGGUUUGUCUGCAGACCUGACCGAUAUCUUGAAGACUGCUGUCCAAACACAGUCUGUUUUAAGCCCAGUUGAAAACUCUGAGUCUGAUGUUGAAGAUGGUCAAGAGAAACUGACCCGGGACCUUCGGCUGUCAAGCACCCGUGCUGCUUCCAUGCCUGAAUUAUUGGAGCAACUGUGGAAAGCCCGAGCUGAGAAAAAGAAGCUACGCAAGACACUACGGGAAUUUGAAGAGGAGUUUUAUCAGCAGAAUGGGAGGAACGUACAGAAAGAAGAUCGGGUUCCAAUGCUUGAUGAGUACAGGGAGUACAAGAAACUUAAAGCCAAGCUUAGGCUGUUAGAAGUCCUUAUCAGCAAACAAGAUUCUUCAAAAUCAAUUUAAAUUAUAUUCUUCCAACCCAUUGAAUAACAUGAUGUUUCCAUAUACUACCACUGUACUUAUUGAGUGCUUGUGUUCAUUUGUCAUGCACUGUUGAAAGAAUCCAGUUUGUGCACUUUAUUGUGGUGCCACUCUAAGGUGUUUGAAGGGUAAGUAGGUCCUGUCUAGAAAGCAAGUAAGAUUUCUAAGUUUGAGACUGCUCUAUCCAACUUUAGCAAACACAGUUUCCAUCAGAGUUUUGUCUAACAGAUGCAUCCAUCUUAUUCCAAAACCACCAUAGCUUUGUUUUUUCUUUAGCAUUCAAGAACUGUGAGACUUUUGUUAUUACCCAACUUUUUACAUUCUUGAAGAAAUUCUUAAUACCAUAAUGCUACACUGAACUAUUCCUCUUGGCUGUUUUUUAUUAUGGGGUGGAAAAAAGUCAGCAAAUUAAACGUACUGCUCUUUUUCCUUGGAACAUUAAAAAACCAGACUGAAAUUCCUUUUUCAAAGGACUGCUGUGGAACAACUUUUAAGUUUUGGUAUUCUAAAUUGCACCUGUAAC